AUGAAGGCAAUACCGCUUGACCACCUCUAAACAAUAGCGGUUAAGUGCCGGUUCUGGCCUGUAAAUGUUUGUCUCGCCAGGAUUGCACUCUCAUUUUGCUGUUUUGUAUUCCAUGGGUAGCUCAUGCUCGCUUACUAUGACCUGUGACUGAUACGCUUUUUACAUAGUACUGUCAAAAAGGAGCAAAGGCGGCGUGACGCUGCGUAGAAUUGACUCAGCAAAUACUAGGUAUUUGUUGCUGUUGGGGAAGCCAUGUGGUUCAUCAAAGCUCCUCCCGGAAGGGUCACUAGAUACCUCUGGGUCGGCGGAGUGCGCGGCAUGUCUGUACGGCAACUCGCCGAGAUCUUUGCCCCGUACGGCAGUCCAACCGUCGUACUACCAGAACCCACACCGCCACCAGAUGCACCUUCCGCUUCCGCUUCUCCUUCCCCUUCCCCCGCACUCCCAACUCAAGGCCCGCUCCAGCCAUCUCCCGCGGAUGCUCCCUCCCCUUCACCUGCCGCGUCCUCCGGAGUCCCCCAACCCUCCUCCUCUGUCUCCCCUCCCAAUCCCCUCCAGCCCAUCUCCUGCCACCACGCCUUCCUGGCUUUCGAGGCGGAAGGCGAUGCCGCGGCGGCGGCGGCAGCGGUGCCGCGGAACGGCCCGUGGGUCGCUGCGGGCGGUCGCAAACUGGUGGUCAACUUCGCGGACGUGCGGCGGGACAAGCGCCCCAUCCCCAGGCCGGUCGCCCUGUCAGCCCCCGAGGCGGGGGUACCGGGCCUGCUGCUGCUGCCCGACUUCAUCACCCGGCAGCAGGAGCAGCAGCUCAUGGCGGCCAUUGACAGGGAGCGGCAGGAGGCGGCAGAGCGGGAGGCGGCGCAGGCGGCGAGGGAGGAGGCAGAGCGGGAGCAGGAGGCGCAGCAGCAGCAGGAGGCAGGGGAAGCAGGAGCAGGCGGCAGUGGCAGUGGCGGCAGUGGGAGAGAAGGAGCAGCAGCAGCAGCAGGAGGGUGUGGUGGUGGCGGUGGUGGCUGGGAGGCGAUGGCGAAGCGGAGGGUGCAGCACUACGGCUUCCGCUUCGACUACGCGACCCGCAACGUGGACCCCAGGCAGCCGCUGGGUCCGCUACCCGGCUGGCUUGGGGAGCUGGUGGGGCGCAUGGAGGGGAUACCGGAGGUCUGCCAGCCCCUGGACCAGUUGACUGUUAACGAGUACCUGCGGGGAGUGGGGCUGUCGCCGCAUGUGGACACACACUCGGCAUUCACAGGCCCCAUCCUGUCCCUCUCCCUGGGCAGUCACACGGUGAUGGAGUUCAGGAGGGGGGAGGCGGUGCGGCCGCUGCUGCUGCCGCCACGCUCGCUGUUGGUGAUGGGGGGGGAGGCGAGAUACGCGUGGCAGCACUACAUUCCCCACCGAGUGGCGGAUGUGGUGGGGGGGCAGCUGCUACCCCGCAGCCGCCGACUGUCACUCACGUUUAGAAAGGUUCGCGGCUACCCCUGCGACUGCCCCUACCCCGACUGCUGCGAUAGUCAGCAGGCGGUGCUGCCACCCACUCGCAUCUCCCUCCUCAGACCAACACCCUCCUCCUCCGCCUCUGCCUCCUCGUUGGCCUCCUCCUCCGCCCCCUCGUCUUCAACCGCCGCUACCGCCCCCGCUGCGGCGACGACCACCAACGACACCUCGGACCUCCCAACCCCGCAGCAACACCAGCAGCAGCAGCCACACUUGCUGCCUCACCAGCGGCCGCCGCCGCCGCAGCAGCAGCAGGCACGGGAGCUGGUUGAUAAGGCAGCAACAGCAGCAACAGCAAGAGCGGCAGCUGAUGGUUGUGAUGCUUGCUGUGGGGAAGGGACAGCAGGGGGGGCACAAGAAAGAGGAGGAGGAGGAAGAGGAGGAGACGGGGGCGAAGACGAGGAGUCACGACUGGCUGCUUUGGAAGCGGAGUACGUACACAAGGUGUAUGACGCGAUCGCACCGCACUUCAGUGCCACUCGCUUCGCCAUCUGGCCCCGCGUACGCUCCUUCAUCGAAUCGCUCCCCCCCGGUGGCGUGGUAGCCGACGUGGGUUGCGGCAACGGCAAAUACUUUGGUGUACGGCGAGACCUCGCCGUACUAGGCAGCGACAUCAGCUCCGGCCUAGCAGCAGUAGCCGCUCAGCGCCUGCACCCCCCCGGCCUCCCCCCCUCCGCAGCUCCCCCCGCCGCCGACGCUCUCAUCGCCGACGCCCUCCGCUUGCCGUACCGUCCCGGCAGCUGUGAUGCAGUACUUUGCAUUGCCGUACUGCACCAUCUGAGCAGUGCCGUACGACGGGUGAGGUUGCUACGGCAGCUGCUACGGGUGCUGCGGCCUGGUGGGGGGAGGGCACUGGUGACGGUGUGGGCUACGGAGCAGGAGGAUCCGGCGAAGACGCUCGCAAAGUGGACUCGUAUUGCUGCUCCUGGUGGCGUUGAUGGG